UUUACAUUUCAUUUUCUUGUAGCGAAUUCUGAGCUAUGAAAAUAGAUGAUUAAUGAAGUGUUUGUGGUUUGUGCAUGCUCUUUCCCAAACUUUUUAAAACUGAACUAAUUUAACACAAUAUACACAAUAAUCAUAAAACAUUAAAAUGAGUAUACAAGUUGACAUAAAAGCUUUAGUAUCACAUAUAGUAAAAGGAGACGGUUUGGAUAAAUGUCGUAUUUGUAUGGGAAGUACAAAAGAAGGUCGAGUAUUCUUAGGAGACACAGUAAUGAUGGACGAAGGAAAAGCAGUUACACUGGCCGAAGUACUCGAAAACAUAACGGGAAUUCAGAUGCAGUUGCAAGACGACCUGCCGGCAGGAAUCUGCACAGCAUGCUCUGUAUCGGCUCUGAGCGCAGCUGAAUUCCGUGCAUUAUGCCAUAAAGCAAAUUCACAAUGGGAUAUAUUCAUAGAUCUCCUAGAAAACCUCCCCGCGUCGACAGAUAAACAAAGCACAGCAAUAUUUGCUGUGAUAAAUAAAAAUGAAAUGAUGGUCAUUGAUGAUUUCAAUGAAAGAGUAUCUCGAGAUACUGCAGCUACGAAAUUAACUGCGCAUCUCUCAGGAAAACCACAAAGACACACAUACACAUGCACAGAAUGUUCUAAAACAUUUAGAUAUCCCCACCAACUGUAUAUUCAUUUAAAAGAGUCAACGGAUAUGAAAAGAGCAUGUUAUGUUUGUGGAGAUAUAAUGAUUAGGGAUUUGUUGGUUCCACAUUUAAAUAAUAGUCACAAUAGAAAACCUAUAGAAUGUAAAGACUGUCCGGCACUUCUUAUAUCUUAUGAUCAGUAUAAUGAACAUCAGACUAAAUUUCACGCUCCGAGUGCAAACGUAUGUAUAGAUUGUGGACAAUCAUUUCAAUCAAUAAAUGCACAACAUGCCCAUAUGUCUAUACAUACACCAAAAUCCUGCCCCAGAUGUGAUAAAAUAUUCAAAAACCAAAAGUGUUACAUACAUCACUUCAAGAAUUGUUGCAUAGAUAAAAUAAAGAAAACAGCUGUAUCCGUCAUAGGCAAAGCACCCUUCAGAGUUGGUUCACGAGGCAGUGUGGACAAAACAUGCAUUUGCGAUUACUGCGGUAAAGCAUUUGCCGGUAGGAAGAUCAUAUCUGCUCACAUACAAAUUGUGCAUAUGAAAAAUACGCACCAACCAUGCAUUCAUUGCGGAAAAUUACUAGCAGCGGCUCAUAUGCCGGGGCACAUGAAGUCGCAUGACUUCAAUCACACAUUUAAAUGUGACCAGUGCGGGAUGGUUUUGAAGUCUCGACUCGGCUACGUACAGCAUUUACGCUUGCAUUCAGGUGAGCGGCCAUACGCAUGCGAGCAGUGCGGAGAAACAUUCUCAACGUCGUCGAGACGUUCAGAGCAUGUACGGCGAACGCAUAAGAAGUCUGAGAUCGUGUUAAAACACGCGUGUACAUACUGUGCGGCGAAAUUUCGCCUUCCCUACCGGCUAAGACGUCAUCUGUUAACCAUGCAUUCCAACGAAUGUGAUGCACCAGAGAUGAAAUACAAAUGUACAGUGUGCAAUGAGAGAUUUGGUACAUGCAGAGGCUUGGUGCACCAUAGCAAAAAGCAUCAGAAUGUAUUGCUAUUUAAAAGACAGAUUAGAGAUGCUGAGUUUAGGGUUUUGAAUUCUACUUAACCAUUGGUUCAUACACACUUGGAUGAUUAUAAAUGUGAUAAUUAAAUAAAAAGAUCUGGAAUGAAAUAUAUUACCUGCAACUUAUAUUGUACAUUUAUGAUGGCUCCAUCUCUUCUAUUCUCUAUGUAUAUUAAACUAAUGGUCCGCCCCGGCUUCACCCAUAGUACAUAUAUAGCCUAUAGCCUUCCUCAAUAAAUGGGCUACCUAACACUGGAAGAAUUUUUCAAAGCGGACCAGUAGUUCCUGAGAUUAGUGCAUUCAAACAAACAAGCUCUUCAGCUUUACAAUAAUAUUAAGUAUAGAUUCCCAUGCCACCAUGUUACUUACCAUACUCUUGUAAAAAGGCCAGACUGAUUGUUAUGAAAUUUUGUGUGUAUAUCGCGUAGAUCUGAGAAACAGCCAGUGUCUAAUUUUCAUACACCUAAAUGAUAAGAGUCAAACAGAACAGCGUUAACUGGGCCAGCUGAUUAUUACAUACUAGCUGCGCCCCGCGGUUUCACCCGCGUAAUUCUGUAUCCUGUAGGAUUAUCGGGAUAAAAUGUUGUCUAUAUGUUAUUCCAGUUGGCCAGCUAUCUACGUGCCAAAUUUCAUUGCAAUCGGUUCAGUAGUUUUUGCGUGAAAGAGCAACAAACACAAACACAUCGAUAGUAGGAUAGGAUAUAAAAACUGAAAUGAUAUGUCAUCUUGCCUAUAAUCAUCUUGCAAACUUUCGCAUUUAUAAUAUUACAUAGUAGGAUAGGAUAGGAUAUAAAAACUGAAAUAAUAUGUUCUACUUGCUUGCUCUAAUAUCAAUGUGUGAUUAA